UCAAGAGUCUAGCCAGCCUCUGGGACCCACACGGGCCUUCCUAUUUCACAUUUACAGCCUGUAAAGAUAGCGGAUGAAAGAGACGGACCGCCUAAUCGUUUCUCUUAUCACCAAGGGGUGUUGCGGAGCGUGUGCGGACUGUAUGAAAGGAAUACACUGGGGCGAGGCGGAGCGGACGUUUCACAGGUUGAUUUUUUUGGCAGCGAGCGGGGAAGCCAGCAAAAGUAAAUACAUGGUCUUGGUCUCUAUAGGCUGCCUCUAGACACAGCAGCUCACAUGUAAAGAAGAAAUAGGCGGCGCCUGAUGUUUCCUGGAAAAAUACAGACUUCAGACCAGAAUGUCACAUUCUGAGUUUGUAGGUUUUGGUUUAUCUACUCAAGUUCACACUCAGACUUGGGCUACAAUCCGCGUGUAGGUAGCUUGAGGACCGUCCGUCUCACAUAUUUUGACAGAUAGCCAAUCAAAUCUGCUAUUCAAAUUGGUUCUCUUAUGUCAGUGACCUAUAUCUCAUGCAUGUGCGCCGAGAGCCCACAGUAACCUCUCCACCAGAGCAAACGGCAUGGGGAUCAACGGGUUAGACAACCAGGCGCAACCUUCCAGUGGAGAGUCCCGCACAGAAGAGCCAGGUGCAGAUCCUCAGAUGGAGCAAAGAGAUGCACCACAAGAAGCAGACAAGAGCAAGGAGAACCAGGCGGCUGGCAGCGAGUGCAAAGUCGUACAGGAGGACGGCACCGUACAGCUGAUAGAGGCCGGUGCCAAGCCGCCCCUCUGCCCGGCGUCUGAACCCGAGGCUGGGAUCCAAGUGGAGAAGCCCGGUCAUGGAGCCGGCUUCGUCCCACCAGAAGGAGGCUACGGCUGGUUGGUGGUCUUCGCGGCAACCUGGUGCAAUGGGUCAAUUUUUGGGAUCCAAAACUCUUUUGGCAUCCUGCAUUUGAUGCUGGUGAAGGAGCAUGCCAACCCAGAGGACAAGACAUCUCAGUUUAAAGUGGCCUGGGUCGGGGCCCUCGCCAUGGGAAUGAUCUUCUUCUGCUCUCCUGUGGUCAGCAUGUUCACGGACCGCUUCGGCUGUAGGAAGACAGCAGUCAGCGGGGCAACGGUGGCUUUUAUAGGGCUGCUCAGUACAUCCUUUGCAAACUCCCUGAGCCUCCGCUAUUUCACCUACGGUAUAUUGUUUGGCUGUGGCUCCUCCUUCGCCUUCCAGCCCUCGUUGGUCAUCCUCGGACACUACUUCCGCCAGCGCCUCGGCCUAGCCAACGGUGUGGUGACGGCGGGUGCCAGCCUCUUCUCCAUGGGCCUUCCAGUGUUCCUCAACAAGGUGGUGGAGCCUCUGGGCCUCAGCAGGACCUUCCAGAUCCUCAGCCUCUUCAUGCUGGUCCAGGCCCUGCUGGCGCUGCUGUUUAAACCUUUACUGCCUCCCGGAGGAGGCAUGGGACCCCCCGGCAUGGGGCCUGGCAAACCCCAAACCCAGCCAGGAGCCACUGCCCAGGGGGGGAGCAGGUGGGGCAGGGUUGUCAGUGAGGUCAGAAAGUACUUCAACCUGCGUGUUUUCCACAUCGUGACGUACAGGGUGUGGGCCUUUGGAGUAGCCACAGCUGUGUUGGGCUACUUUGUGCCAUAUGUUCAUCUGAUCAACUUUGCCGAGAAGCAGUUCAAGGAGACCAAGAAGGAAUGGGUGCUCCUGGUUUGUAUAGGAGCUUCAUCUGGGUUGGGGCGCCUUGCCUUUGGCAAGAUUGGAGACCACAUUCCUGGUCUCAAGAAGAUUUAUAUGCAGGUGGUGUCAUUCAUGGCUCUGGGCCUGAUGUCCAUUAUGAUUCCCCAGUGCUCAGUGUUUGAGGGCCUGGUGGCUGUGUGUGUGUUCCUGGGACUGUGUGACGGAUGCUUUCUCACCAUGAUGGCUCCUAUUGCCUUUGAGCUGGUUGGGCCUAUGCAGGCUUCGCAGGCCAUAGGCUACCUUCUAGGAUUAAUGGCUCUUCCCAUGACAGCAGGUCCACCCAUCGCUGGUCUCCUCCAUGAUUACUUUGGGAACUACACGGUGGCCUUCUCCCUGGCAGGAGUGCCUCCUAUUGUCGGGGGUGUAGUGCUGUUCUUUGUCCCACUGAUACACAGCAAGCUCCAGAGAGGCCAGCCUGCAUGGACACAAGAAGAAACGUCCCCAACAGCCCACAUGUUGCCCACUGCUCAACCAACAGAGGAUCCCAAGGGCUGCUCCAAUGGAGUCAUCCUGCCUGGCUACACUGACGUAGAGACACACAUCUGAGUCGCAAUGUACAAAGGGAUUCGGCCCACCAGCACCUUAACUCAUCUUUAGAUUGACCUCCUCCCAAACAUGAACUUCCUGUUGGCUGAUAAAUUAACCCUCUAACCUUACUGGACUCUCAAUGUCUGCUUGUAAUUUUUAAUGUGGAGGGAAUUAAGAAAGGGGGAAUGCUAUGGCUACCAGCCACAGAGGAAGAAAGGAGGCGCUUCAGAGUAGGACCAAGGACCUGUGAAUGGAGGAGAAGCACAACACAGUCCCAGCUAGGAUUGCCUCCUGAGAUGGGACUCUGUGGUUACAUGAACCUCCAAGAGGAAAGAAAUGAAGAGAUUUUUUCUUUCACUGGUAAUUUUUGUUUUCACAGCUUUUAUCUCACUGCCAUAGCUUUUUGAAGCAGUAGAAGUCCGUUUUUUAGAUAACACUGAUACAUUAAGGUGAGAGGCAUUUAGAACUAAGCAUUAAUGAAGGGAUGAAUUUACAGUUUGUUUUGUAGUACUUUUUUCAUCUAAUCUUUUAACACAUUACACUCUGUUUAGUUUCAGCAGCUUGAAAGAAAUUUCAUCUUGAGUGAUUUUUCAUACUUCUUUUCUGAACAUGGUGGCUGGUUACAAGAGUAACAUUUUUGUUAAAUGUCACAGGACAGACUAUUCCUCUGAGAGAUCAGCCACCAGACACCAUCACCUCAUCUCAACCGCACACUGUAACGCACAGUCCUCACAACACCAUGGCUCCAAAAACGCCACCAAAUGUUCUACUCUACCAGCCUGCCUGCAAGGGAUGCAUAUGCCAUAAUCCCUCUAUUUCCACGUAGGUCAGGGACCUAGCUUAUAAAAAGUAUGCAGUCAAAGGAAACGAGGCAUGACACGAAACACUAUGGUUGAUACCAGGUCUUUUCUCAAUGUGUACAGCCUUAACUUUCAGAGUUUUUAUUCCAACCAUCACACUCUACGAUUUUUAAAGGCCUUUAAUGGUUUUGGCAGGGUGCUAGACAAAUCCGAGUAAACUGUGUUUGUAAUAAUUCUCUUUAUUUUUUGUAUUGUGAACACUGUGUACUCUUAGAAGCAGAAAUCUUGCUUUUUGUAGAGUUUUUGGGAGAUCGACAGCGUUGGGUAGACUUCAGAGAAGGCAUUUUGUGAACUUUUCCUCUCUUUGAAUGUGAGUUUGCAAGUGUUGCUACUGUGCAGCACCUGUUUUCCUUUGAUUGUAGAGGCAUUAAUGUGGGUUUUUAGGCAUCUGUGUGACAGUCUGUCGAUAAAUAGGGACUACUGAAGCUGCCGCAUAGCUUGAGCCCUCAUCAAGCUGUCUCACAGGUAAUCAAAUCAAAUUGCUGCUUUUCAUCGUGUCAUGAGGGCGCACUCACUGUGUUGGCAGUAACGAAAUAUAAUGUCUUAGCUUUAUUGAGCGGUUCCUUUUUUAGGGUAGGAAGGACUGUUUGCAGUAAUUUUAAACCCUUGGACCAUGCCGUUUGCACUCUUAGAGUACAAGUUCUUGGGCAGGUAGUUUUUUUAAUGAACGGAUGUGAAGUAGAGCUGCAAUAACUGAGUAUUUGACUCUGGUUGAAUGCGUAGCUUCGUAGCUUCUGCGUUGCAAAGCUUACAGAGCCUCAAAGCUACACAAACCUCACUGCUGAGUGUAGCUUCUUUAAGGAGGGUAUUACAGUAGGAAAAACACCUCUGGAUAGGAAACAUACACCAAUACCUCAGUGAUCAAACAAUCCUCAGCAAUCCAGUCGAACACGUUGACAUUCUGCAUUACUCUAUAGUGUCCGUUCUGUCUGUGUGUGUUGUGUAGGUGUAAUCUAAAUCAGGUCUCAGAGCCACAGAGUUGCCAAACACCUGGUUAAUAUUGACCUCUCUUCCUCAGAAACCUCAUUAGUGUCUGUUUUGGUGCCACAAUUUUGGAAACUUCCAUUGGUCAUAUCUGAACAGUAGGCAUGUUAUGAGUUUAGAGAUUUACUCUUCCUUCUAAUUUUGCCUUUACACCGUUAUCUUCUUUGCUCUUCAUCUACACCAUUCCUGUCAGCAUCUCGUCAUGAAAACCUUACUUUUCUUUGAAAUGUUUUUAUUCAUGUGUAAUAUUCUUGAAGUUAAACGAGACACUAAAUCCGAAUCAAAAACCCUUCGAUGGUUACAACAUAGGCCUCUUGUUUGGUUAGGUUUUAUUGGCAGUGCAGAGUAGAGGUAUUUGAUGAGCCACUUAGGAUGUAAGCUAGCCAGUGUCUGCAAAUCAUCAUUAUUUCAGUCUUACUUUAUAUCAUUUCAGAUCAACCUCCAAACAUACCAACGUGAAAAAGAAGUCCUGAAUUGUCAAACAGUAUCUCUUAACCAAAAUCAUCGUUCUUCUGCUUAAUUAAUAAUGGUCAACUGUGAAAAUUCUGAUAUUUAUUUCUAAUGAAGGUUACUUAGGCAGCUUUCUAUAAAAACCCUUAGGAUUUUUAGCUGAUUCCCAGUUUUUAAGAAAGCAUCCACUUUGUAAAAGUUAAACCUUCGUAUUGAAAUAGUUUUUAGAGUAUUUGUUUUUAAAACUACUGCUCACUGCUUUCUAUGGAAGCCCUAGGCAGACAAACAUCCAUGCAAUUUAUUUCUCAACAUUUUCCAGUGAAAAGCAAAUUUUGGUUGUUUUCUAAAGAUCAUAACACAUUUAUCUAGGUAGCUUGGGGUUUUCAUGAGUUUCUUGAGAUCUCAAGAUAACAACGAAAACUAAUAAUUACCAGUAGGGAUUCAGUGACACUUGAAUUGGGUAUCAGUGUUGAUACCAUGCCUAUGUACUUCCACUCAUUGCAGAUAUCGUUCUCUGUGUCAUUUCACAAGAUGUUAACCACUGGUGGUCUCAGUGGUGACUGUCCCUUUUGAUGCCCUAAUAUUUGGAAAGAAAAGAUUAAAAAAAAUUACUAAAGUGCCCUUUAGGAUGCCCCUAUGGUACUUAAAAACAUGAUAAAGUGCCCUUUAGGGUGGCCUGUCAGAUGAAAAACAUGAUAAUACCCCCUCCCUACUAGGAGAGACUGAACCCUGUGUACAUUAAGACUCAGUCCUGUAUUUUUCAAAACCCAGGAAUCAAUAAUGUUUUAGCUUAUCCAUACUGCUAUCGAGUCUCAUGGUUUCAGUGGCAUAAUAUUAUUUUAUCUUAUCACUUGAGUAAAAACGUACUUAGGUUCUUGCAGGAGGAGCAGAGGCUCAAAUCACAUCAACAUUUUGCAUGAAAUUAAAUUAAAAUUUGGCACUUUCAACUGUCAGCUUGAAGGGAAAUAACACUGGAUGAGAUGUGAGUAGCAAGCAAUUAUCUCACAACACUGGCUUUAUCUGUUCCAAGAUGAUUACCCUCCUUAUCCGCUCAGAUAAGUGCAGAGAAGUGUUUCAAAACUUUGCAGCAAGUCCACUUACUAAAAAUAUUAAUCCAAUGUUGACAUAUUUGGUGAAAUUGUCAGAAUUAAAGCAGACUUAACAAGCAGACAGUUAUAAUGUGUUCAAGGUCAGUUAAGUAAAAAUGAUGAGCAGAUGAAUGUUAAUAAAAAGUGAUGUGUUUCAAUAUCACAUCACUUUUGAGGAAUUAUACAAUUUCAGCAUUAUAAAUAGGUAUAACAGAAGGACUCAGGACUAUUUAAACUGAAGCACUACUCAGCUUAUACUUUUGUUAAGAUGUAUUGUCAUCUUCUACUCCCAUCAAUCAGCAUAAAAGGAUCGGUAGUGGUAUUGAUGAGGAUAUAAUUAUCAAUGAAAAUAAGUGAUCCUUUCUAUCCCUAUUCCUACCCUGACCAAGUUCCUCCAAAUACUGUAUAUGGCACAUUACCAGUGACACGCUCAAAACUGGAGCAGAUCAGGACCAAGCUCAGUGAGAGGGACUUUCCAUCCAAACAGUGCUGUGAAAAGCAUCUAUAGACCUGCAGGCCUCACUUGACUCUGUUCAGAUCAGUGUUCAUCAUCCAACAAUGAGACUUAGCAAAACUUACAUCCAUGGGAGAGCUCCAAGGCCAAAUCUACAGCUGACAAAAAGAACACAAAGGCUCGUCUCACAUUUUCCAAAGAAAACAUCUUGAUGAUCCUCCAAACUUUUGGGAAAAUAUUCCAUGGACUGAUGAGACAAAUGUUGAAUUUUUUGCAAGGUGUGCGUCCCACUACAUCUGACAUAAAACUAACACAGAAUAGCCUACCUGGUUAAGUACCUGGAGGAUUUGUCAACCUGACAUGCCAGAUGGACUAUUUCGUAUAUCCAUUGCAUAGAUAUUGACUGAUGACAGACAUAGAGUCUGGUCAAUCCUUCAGUUUUGCAAGGUGAGGAAUCAUAAACUAUGCUCUCUACCAGAAAAUCAUGAAGAAGGACAUCAGGCCAUCAGUUCAUGACUUCAGGCUAAAGUGCACUUGGCUUAUGCAGCAGGCCAGUAGUCCCAAACACACCAGAAAAUCCACCUCUGAGUGGCUUAAAAAAACAAAAUGAAGGUUUGGAAUGGCCUAGUCAAAGCCCAGACUUAAAUCUCAUAGAGAUGCUGUGGCAUGACCUUGAGAAGGCCGCUCAUGCUCGAAACCCUCCAAUGUGGCUGAAUUAAAACUAUUCUGCAAAGAAAAGUUAGCCAAAAUUCCUUCAUGAAUGUGAAAGACUCAUUUACAGUUGUUGCUGCCAAGAGUGGCAAAAUCUGAUGUUCAGUUAGGAGCCAAUUACUUUCUUGCAUAGGGCCAGGUAGGUUUGGAUGACUUUUGUUGCCCUAAUAAAUUAAAUUAUCAUAUAAAAAUUGCAUUUUGUGAACUAAAUGGUUCAAUAAUUCAUAAUUCUUCAUCUGUUAUUACAAAGGUGUGGUAGGUUGUAAUCGUGAUCAGUGAGUAACAAAAUCCAGUCCAAAAAAGAGGUAUCAGUGCAUCCCUAAUUAACAUCUUAGUUAUAGUAAGAUAAUGAAAUGGAUGAAUUGAGUGAAAAACAAAAUGAAAUAAAAUGUAUGGGUGUAUUUCCUCUUAGGGCGUCUGUAGCUUUCAAACUCGAGGCCUAUGUUUCUGAAGUCUAACAAUCUGGCAGAUAAUUGAAAUGACUACAUAGGUUUUAGUCUCUGGCAACCAUAAAGGAGAAACUUCAGCAUUUUGCCUCUGGGUGCCUGCAAAAUGCUGAAUGUGUCUCCAUGCACAAAUGUCUCGAUAAAAUGUUCUCAAAAUGUUUUGUAUUUGUUGUGUUUUGUCAUUUGACUGUGAACUUCCAAGUGUUUUCCCCAACUGUUAUGUGUUGAAUUUGUUGUCACCUUGUUAAGCCAGCAACUUCACAUCAUGCUGUGUUAUAUAAAACAAUCUCUUUAAAAAGGAGGCAUGAUUUAAAAAAAGAGACUUUAAAAGUCUAAGCAGUAACCUCAGUUUGAAAACAGAUUUGCCUUACAGUUACUGAACAGCUGUGAUACACCAGAACCAGAUCAGACAUGUUGCUUGUAAAGUGAUUAUUUUUUUAGAUUUUAAAUGUGAUUUUUUUACUCAUUAAUUUUUGUCAUUUCUGGUCCUUGAUCUGUCUUCACCGCCUCCAUGUUUGAUUUCUGACUUACCCAGUUUCUGGUUAGAACCAGCUGUGUGCUUCAGUUAGGAAAUAUAUCAACAUAUGUACUUUUAUUUACUUUGUAAUGGUUUUUAAUCAACCUUAAAUUGUUUUUAUUGUGUUUUCCUGUUUUAAAUAAUUGAUUUUAUUUGUAUUUUAGUGUGUUUUUGGUGAUUAAUAUCAAUGACUACUGGAAAUAAUGAGCUGUAAAGCUGCUUAAUUGAAUUAAAUUUUAAAAAGUGAAGGAGCUGAAGGAAAUGAAGAAAGACAUUCACAUCUGGAUGGUCAGUCAGAACAGUGCUUGGCUUGUCUCCUCACCUAUGCAGCAUUGUCAGGCUCAGGGUCUGUAAUCUGCAACUGCUUCACUCUUUAAAGCUCCUGUGAGGAGUUUUUGGCUGGUAAUAAACAGUUUAAAAUUAAAAUAAGGCAUAUGACAUGCAAAAGCGAACAAGACCAUCAGUAGCAAUCAGUAACCGAAUCACCUUUGAAGUCAAAAUUCCAAUCUGGGAAAUCAUUUACAAACUCAAAACUGGAAGGCAGUCACCUUGGAUGUGAUGCCAUUUCCAGCUCUGACACCUGACCUCCCAGGAAGGCAUUAAAGACAGUCCUCAUCAGUGUUAGCACAUGCAGUUAACAACAUUCUGUCAGUACAGCCAGAAAAAAAUUAAACCAAAUUUUAUUGUUUUCACGGUUAAACAUUUAAAAUAAAGAAGGAUUAAUUUCUAUAACUUGCAUGUGCACAGGGCUGAGAUAAAUUAUCCUGUUUGUAUUUGGGAGUCGAGGAAAUUGAGAUCCCUCACUGUAGCUUUAAAGUCUGAACAUGUAAAACUCUAAAUGAUGAAUGUUAAUUCAUCUCUUCUCAGCUCUGCUGUUCCUCCGUACAGCAGGGACCCCACACAGACUUAAACUACUAACACUACUACAUGAUCUAGUUGUGAACACAAACUACAUGUUACUCAUGUUACUAUUCUAAUAUUCAGUUUUUUGAACAUUUCUCUUCAAAGUUGUUUCUUCUGAUGCUUUCCUGCAUCACACAGCAAGCAGGUCAAAGCUACAGAGACGCACAGCUGAACCAUAAUUACAGAUGGGCUUGUAUCAAACCUCAUAACAAGAUAAAGCUAAUGGGCACUAUUUGGUCUCUCUGAUGUUACAUUUUCCACAUGUAGAGCAAACUUAUCAAUUUUAAUAAAAUCUGCAUCUUUUUAGAACUUGA